CGCAACUCGUAUUCCCUGCCGGCAUUGCUUCGAGCCACAGAGGGAUACACACCCAUACUACUGUAUUUCCACAGCASUUCGUGAUGAAACCAUUUCUACGGCGCCCCGCAUCGCUGCUCACCGUCGCGUUGCUGUGCUUGGAAUCGGCCACGUCCUUUCUUUCCGGCUCGCUGCGGACACAUCAGCAGCCCCGACACUUGGUCUCGUGGUCUUUGCCGCCGGAAUCUGCAUACGAGUCCGAUUUUUCGCGAGAGAAAGGGCAACCCCAACACGUCGUGGUCGUCGGUGGAGGGGUCGGGGGAUUGGCGGUGGCCGCUCGAAUCGCCGCCGCCAGCGGCGGGAUCGACGGCACGCCGACCAGAAUCACGGUGCUCGAGAAAAACCCGAAAGCAGGCGGGCGGGCCGGAUCCUUCUGGGUAGAUCCGGCCAACACCGGUGCUCGCAACGACGAGGACAACGGUGCUUCCACGGGCUUGUUUCGCCACGAAGAGGGCCCGAGCCUGUUGCUGCUCCCACAGGUCUACCGGGACGUCUUUGCCGACUGUACGGGGUCGGAAAAGACGGCGAGCGAUUACGGGCUGGACAUGGUCCAGUGCGUUCCCGCCUACCAGGUCGUCUUUGACGACGGGGAUUCCAUCCUGGUGGGAUUUCCAGAGGGCUCGGGCGAGGGGAGCGAGCUGGAAGCCGCCUCCCGCGCAAAGAUGGAAAGCUACGAAGCCGGCGGGGCCGAGAAAUGGGACGACUAUAUGGCCAUCACCGCGGCCUACCUGGACGCGGGACUACCGAACUUUAUCGAGGAACGCAUCGACCUGGGGUCCCUGCCGGAAUUCCUGGUCCAGUCCCUCAAGGGCUUUGGCAGGGCGUGGCCCCUCAAGCCCCACUCCGACGUGCUGGACGAAUUGUUCGAGUCGGACAAGCUCAGAGCGCUGGCUUCUUUUCAGGAUCUCUACGUCGGCCUGGAACCCUACCGGAACCCCGGGGAGCUCGGGGGGGGCGUCCUCCGGUCCACGGCGCCGGCCGUCUUUGGCCUGCUGGCGGCCAUCGAGCUGCACCCCUCGAACAAGAACGCCGGGGUCUUUGCGCCCCUGGGCGGCUUCCACUCCGUCGCGGGCGCCCUGGAGGGCCUCGCGAGAGACCUGGGAGUGGAAAUCCGGUGCGACACCACCGUGCUAGGGGUGGCCAGCGACGGGGUCUGGACCAAGAGUUCCGGGAACGGCAGCGAACAGGAAUUCGUUCCCGCCGACCUGGUGAUUGUCAAUGCCGACCUGCCCUAUGCCAAAAAGUCUCUGCUCAUGAACAACGAUGCCMAGCCACAGCAGCAACCGACCGARGAGUCGGCGCCGCAACCACGAGAGCAACAGCUCGAGGAAAAAUUCGAUUGGGACGAUGGCUUUUCCUUCAGCAGCGGGGUCAUUUCCUUCUACUGGUCGCUGGACAAACCCCUCGACGAUCUCAAUACGCACAACGUUUUCCUUUCUACAAAGUCUCGCUCCCAGGCCGAGGCCAGCUGGCGGGUCUUGCGGGAUCCGAGGGACGACUCGGGUAGCGAGGACGUUGACGCCCCCUUUAACUUUUACGUUCACCGCCCGAGCAAGUCCGAUCCAUCGGCCGCGCCCCCAGGCUGCGACACCAUUAUGGUGCUGGUCCCUUGUCGGACGCUCCUGCGGGACGACGAGUGCGCAGGACUGCCCAAACACGAGGCGAUGGAGCGGUACGAGCAACAGUUCUCCCCCGAGGUCGUUUCGAAGGCCAGGGAGGCGGUCCUGAAACGAUUCGCCGCRAUGGAAUCCCUCGGGGAUCUGGAAGACCACAUCGUCCACGAAGAAUACAGGACACCGUCCACCUGGGCGGAUCGGUACAACCUGGGGGCCGGGACCCCUUUUGCACUGGUGAGUUGUUGUUUGUUUGUGUCUUCCGUUUGUUCUCGUAUGGUUCGGUUUGGUAGCUAGAUCUCGUUUGCAAAGGUCUAAUGAAGACACGUGAAUCCAUUGGUGUAUUCAUUAUUGUGUUGUGUGCUUUUUAUCUUGGUGUGUUGGAAUGCACGGAACUCUCCGCUAUUGGGCUUCCUUUCUUCCGUUUGGCACAGAGCCAUGGAUUCGCCCAGCUAAGCAUCACAAGGCCGGGGCCAAAGUCCUCUGGGCUUCCAAACGUUUUGUACUGCGGUGCCAGCACCAGACCGGGAAACGGAGUCCCCUUGGUUCUGAUCGGAACAAAACAAGUUGCGGAAAAGGCCGUUCAAUCCUUGCGCAGCCCCGGGUGAUGGGGUUGAAAGCUACCCACUGAAACAGUACUGACGACGAAGACGAUUCUGCCUAAGUCUCUGUUUUCUACCGAUGGUAUCUUCCCGUGUSUUGGAAAGUAUAUUGUUGCCACCAUUGGUUCCUUUCUACCCACCAUGAACACGCGUAU